CGACGCGGGAGUAUAAUUGGUAAUCUACAUAGGUCGAUAUGUUAUCUGCUAGGUCGACCAGUGGUCACCUCAGAUGGUUUUUGAUUUCGCUCGGAAAGUUUAGGUCAUUUAAUUCACAUUCUGAUUUGGAAAAUGGGAAGUUGGUCAACGUUGUCAUUGUUUCCAACUCGAAUUCUACACGAAAAUGGCCAAAUACUAAGCUUGGACCUAUAGAUACCGUCAAUCCGAAAUUCCCGUUGCCUGGUUUUGUGGGGGUUCUAUUAAACAAGGAUGAGAAAGCUUUUGAGAAGAUGUACGCACCUGCUGUGCAUACAUUACCUCCAAUGAAAGAGGAGCACUAUGCCUCACUUCUUUUGAAUAUUUACCAUGGCAAAGAGUUUAAUGAAUCUGAUUCUGCAUUGAUUCCACGUAUAUCGGAUCAAUUCGAAUGUACCAUACAAACUUGUCCAAUGUUAAUUCAACAAACUUUAGCUGAUUUAUUUCCAUCAAAAAAACUUUCAUCCAAACCAUUAACUGUAUGCAUUCUUAGUCAUUCAACUAAUGAAUUUUUCAAUCUAUGGAGUGAAGAAGCUGUCAAUGAACGUGAACAAUUAGCAUGGUCUUUUAUUACUUCAGCUAUUGAAAUUUGUGUAUCAUUAAAAGAAUCCGGUUAUUGGGCAGAUUUUAUUGAUCCAUUCAGUGGAAAACCGUAUCUUGGAACACAUGGUGCUGGUAGUAGUGUACAACUCAUCGAUGACACAGAUGAAACAAUGAAACAUUUCGGUUUUGAAUUAGACAAUUCAAUGUGUUGUAAAAUUUUACGUCAUCCAAAAUGGAAAAAUCAUGUAUUUGUUGGUUUGAUAUUUACAAAUGCACCAGAUUCACAUCCAGUAUUAUUAAAUAUUUAAUUGUCUCUUCUAAUUACACUACUACUACUACUACUACUACUACUAAUACUACUAAUUAAAUUAUUUUAUUUUAGUCUUUAAAACAUAAAACAACAUCAACAUCAACAAGUGUAUUUUUAAAUUCGCGGUUGUUGUUGUCAAUGUACAAUGUAAAAGUCUCUCUCUUCUUGUUCAUGUGAUCAAUAAUAAUCAAUAAUAAAAUUCCACUUUACCCAUCUGCUAUGUGUUUGUCUUUUUUUGUUUUUUGCUCUUUGCUAAUUCAAUCCUUUUAAUGAAUGAAU